AUGUCCAACAUGGACCCUCAUGCUACGGGCGAGCUCGCCAUGGCUUCGCAUGCCUCCCAUCACCACGCGCCCCCAGUACCUAGCCAUCUGAAGCGCAAACGGAGCCCGUCGCACGAGAUACACCAUGCCGCUGCGCCACUUCCCAAAACCGCCAAGACCCACAACCACCUACAGAUCAACUAUCUCGCAAGACACCUCGACGCAGACUUGCCGCUGAUCACAAACGAUGACACCCUGCCCAACAUCCUCUCGCUCCUGGGCGACUACCAGGGCGUGCUGGAUCGCCAUGAGAGCAUGGCCUGCAACCUCGGCGCCCGCCCGCUUGGUCCCAUCUUGAUCAAGCGCUUUGAGCGCCUGUUUGACGGGCCGCCGCGGGUGCUCAAGAGCCAUGGAAAGGAUGGGACCACCGUCACAUGGUUGGAUGUAGUCGAGUUUGCGCGCAACAAGCCCGAGCAGUUCCAGUUGGGACAAAUGAGUGAGGGCGUGCGGGUUUGUCAAUUCUACACCAAGCAAUGUCGGGUUCAGAUAUCAGAGGAGGAUUUUGUCCUCAUUUCGUCUGGCAUACCUCAGAAAAUGAUCCCACCCCAGCCCAUCAUCGAGGACGAGGAGAAGGAGCUGGGCACCAUUGAGAUCUUGGAGAAGAACUUGGGCCAAAUCUGUCAGCUGGCUGAUCAAGUUGCUGCGCGCACACGCCAACUCAACCACAGGCUCAAAGGGCGCAAACAAGCAAUUCUUGACCGUCGAACCACCGCAAGUCCUGCUCCGUCUAUUCCCCGACCCGCGAGCCCCUCAAACGUCGCUCUCAUGAAUGGCGGCCAUCCCAACUCUACAAACCUAGCUCACAUUCAGCCUUCACAGACAUCGCCUACUGGUGGUGGCUUUGUCGCAGUCAAUGCUCGUCAACACCACGAAUCAAAUGGCCACGGCACCUCAUCAACAACCCGGCACGAAUUACUGUCAAAGUUCCACACCAUGAGCGAACGCCGCCCCUCAUCCCAGCCCUCGAACGGCACAGUUGAAGUCGCAAGACGACCCUCCAUAUCAGCCCCUCAUGGUAUAUCGCAUCCUUCGACGCCAGUAAUGAACCCCUCCAGACCUCCACCCAUUCCAGUCGAAGCACCGCCGCCAAUCGUAUCAAGAACGUCGCAUCUCAACGAGUCGGAGCUGCAUUCCAUGAUGAACUCGCCCGUGCCAAUCCCAAACACGCCUUCAAAUUUGCUUCCAGCAAAUAGUCAACGCGCCAGCCAACCACAAGAGAAAGACGAUGGUGGCCCGUUCAAGGCAGAAAUGGUGCAUAGAAUGGAAUCGCUAGCAAAAGGCGAGCGCAUCCUUCCACCAUGUGACCGGUGCCGCAGAUUGCACAUGGAUUGUCUCAAAAACCUAACCGCAUGCAUGGGCUGCACCAAAAAACACGCAAAAUGCUCAUGGAAAGAGGUCCGUGAGGGCGAACUGCGCGGCAACUUUUCUUACCCUCCUGCGACCAACAGUAACGCGCAUAGCGAGACGAGUGAUCUUGAGAGUGGCGAGCGAGCGAGUACCGGCUCGCCCGCCGCCAUGCUAAGUCCGCCGCGCCUUGGACUGACGCCAUCACACAUUCCACCCAACAACGGCCAACACACACCUUUACAGCAUCACCAGGUUCAUGAGCGGCCCGAGCACAUGGUGCAACCACCCCCGCACUACGACUUGGCGCACGACGCGCGGAGACCACCGAGUCGCAACUCUCCACCCGAGAGGGACAGAGAGCGCGCAGAAGCCCAACUACAAGAAGCAGCCAAGUCCGGCCUUGCCGCACAUGCACACGUGAAUUCGAGGAUGGACGGGCCGGACGGCCAGAGCACGGAGUAUCGGAACCAGGAUACGAAUACAAAUCAGCCCAUGGUUGCUUAG